CAAAAAACCAUAACAAAAAUAGUUGAAAAACACGAAUUUCAUGACAUCGGCUUACGUUGCGCUAAACAAAAAAAGCCCAAUAUAGGCCCAAUAAAUAAAAUACCCAUAUACUUAUCACAUGAUCUCACCCACAUUGUUUCCGUUGGAAGCUCUUUCGAAACCUCCGUCCAUCUCUAGAUCGAUCGACAAUGUCUGCCUCUAACUCCAUUUUCACCAUCUCUCCGUCGAGAAAUCUUGCACGUAUCUCUCUUAACCACUCCGUAUCGCCACCGUUGAGUCUUCUUCCACUGACCAGAUCAACCUCCGUCUCAUUUCGUCAUAAACCACGAUCAAGCUCGCUCGUCUUAUGCUCCACCGAUGAAUCAAACAUCACCGCGGAGAAAGAGAUCCCUAUAGAACUCAGGUACGAGGCUUUUCCGACAGUGAUGGACAUUAACCAGAUACGUGAGAUUUUACCUCACAGAUUCCCGUUUCUGUUAGUGGAUAGAGUGAUAGAGUAUACACCUGGCGAAUCUGCGGUAGCUAUCAAAAACGUGACAAUUAAUGAUAAUUUCUUUCCUGGGCAUUUCCCUGAGAGGCCCAUUAUGCCUGGUGUCCUCAUGGUUGAGGCUAUGGCUCAGGUGGGAGGUAUAGUGAUGCUGCAGCCAGAAGUUGGGGGAUCUAAAAGCAACUUCUUCUUUGCUGGAAUCGACAAAGUCAGAUUCAGAAAGCCUGUGAUUGCAGGUGAUACGUUGGUGAUGAGGAUGACGCUUGUGAAGAUGCAGAAGCGGUUUGGGAUAGCCAAAAUGGAAGGGAAAGCAUACGUAGGGAACACUGUGGUAUGCGAAGGGGAGUUCUUGAUGGCUAUGGGAAAAGAAGAAGAGUGAUAUGUCCUCAUGCCUUUUACUCCUUUUCUUACCUCAUAUGGCUACGAGUUAUCGCACCUUAAGUUAAGUCUCAUUUUUAUCCCUAAUUUCUGUUGUUUGUUCCGAAUGUUGACCAUUUAAAAGAAGAGAAUGAUGAGAAAUACUGUAAGCAUUUUUAUUACUCAAUACAUGUUAAUUGAGUUUAUGAACACAA